UAAAUUCUUAUUCAACAAAUAACAAAUUCCCUUUUCUUUUCCUUCCAUUUUUUUUUCAUUCCCAUUUCUUUGGAUUCUUGAAACUUAGAAAAAAAAUGGCACAAGAAAAUGCAACUCAUCAUCAUUAUCUAAUGAAACUAUUCUUCAUCAUUAUCUUCUUCUUAGACAUGGCUUCAUGUAGCUAUGGAGUUGGAGUCAACUGGGGAACCAUGGCAACUCACCAACUUCCUCCAAACAAAGUUGUCAAGAUGCUUCAAGAAAAUGGCUUUGACAAACUCAAAAUCUUUGAUGCUGAUGAAUGGGUCAUGGCAGCAUUAUUAGGCACUAACAUUGAGAUUAUGUUAGCCAUUCCUAAUAACAUGUUGGAAGAACUAAGCAAGAAUCCAAAAGCUGCUGAUUCUUGGGUUUAUGAAAAUGUCACCAGUUAUUUGUACCCUGGUGGCUUGAACAUCAAAUACAUUGCUGUUGGUAAUGAACCUUUCCUUAAGGAAUACAAUGGAACAUAUCUAAUGUACACUCUACCAGCUCUCAAGAACAUUCAAACAUCUCUCAACAAUGCAGGUCAUGGAUCAAUCAUCAAGGCCACAGUUCCAUUCAAUGCAGAUGUUUACUACUCCCCCGACACCGAUAUGGUUCCGUCUGCAGGCGAUUUCAGGCCAGAAGUUCGCGACUUAACCAUCGAGAUAAUUAACUUUUUAUACCUAAACAACGCGCCUUUCACCGUCAACAUCUAUCCGUUUUUGAGCCUAUACGGAAACGAUCAUUUCCCUUUCGAUUUCGCGUUUUUUGACGGAAACAAUAGGCCUUUAAUGGACGGUAAUUCGGUUUACAGUAACGUGUUCGACGCGAAUCUUGAUACGCUUUUAUAUGCUUUGGAGAAAGCAGGUUAUGCAGAUAUGAAGAUCAUAAUCGGAGAAGUUGGUUGGCCUACGGACGGAGAUAAAAACGCGAAUAUUCAGAACGCGAGACGAUUCAACAUGGGAUUACUUAAGCAUUGUUUAAGUGGCAACGGGACACCGAAAAGAAAAGGUGUAAUCGACAUAUAUUUAUUCAGUUUAAUCGAUGAAAACGCGAAAAGUACUGCACCGGGUAACUUUGAGAGGCACUGGGGGAUUUUUGAGUUUGAUGGAAAACCGAAAUAUCAGCUGGAUUUGAAAGGGUUGCAGAAUGAUAAAGGUUUGGUAGCAGUUGAAGGUGUGAAGUACUUGGAAAAACAGUGGUGUAUUUUGGAUCCUGAUGUUGGUAAUUUGCAUUAUUUGGCUAAUAGUAUUGAUUAUGCUUGUAGUUUAUCAGAUUGUACUGCAUUGGGGUAUGGUUCAUCUUGUAAUGGUUUGAGCCUCGAAGGGAAUGCUUCUUAUGCUUUUAAUAUGUAUUAUCAGGUGAAUAAUCAGAAGGAUUGGGAUUGUGAUUUUUCUGGUUUGGCUAUUCUGACAGAUCAGGAUCCGUCACAGAAAGGGUGUCAGUUUCCUAUUAUGAUUUCUCAUGGCUCUUGUUUGAGGUCUCAUAAAGGGCUUUUGGCCUAUAUUUUUAUUGUAUUGUUUUUAUUAUAGUUGAUGAAUGAUUCAAAAAGGAUUCAUGUUGAA